UUUCUUGAAUGUUGAAUGCUGGAGCUCAGGUAGAAGGACAGAAGCAAAAAGAUUUCAAUAUGAGGGACCCACUGGCAGAUUGUUCGUAUAAUAGAGUGUACAAGAAUCUAAAGGAGUUUUCUCAAAAUGGAGAGAAUUUCUGCAAGCAGGUCACAUCCAUUCUUCAGCAAAGGGCAAACUUGGAGAUCACCUAUGCCAAAGGACUUCAGAAACUAGCAAUGAAGUUAAGCAAAGCAUUACAGAGCACCAAAAAAAACUGUCUCGUCAGUGCCUGGGCCUGGGUCUCGGAGGGCAUGAAAUCUGCCGCGGACCUGCAUCAAAAACUUGGCAAAGCAAUCGAGUUGGAAGCAAUAAAACCAACUCAUCAAGUCCUGAGCGUACAUGAAAAGAAGAGAAAAUCACUUGAUAAUGAAGUUGAAAAGGCAGCAAAUCUUGUCAUUAGCAACUGGAAUCAACAAAUCAAGGCCAAAAAGAAAUUAAUGGUUAGUACCAAAAAGCAUGAAGCACUUUCCCAGCUUGUAGAAAGCUCCAAGCAAACUGUGACUAAGAAGGAGAAGCAGAAGCUCCUCAGUAAACUGAAAAAAUCGACUGAGAAGUUGGCAAAAGAAGAUGAAAGUUAUUACCAAAAAAACAUGGCCGGCUGUGCUACCAGACUGAAAUGGGAAAACACCCUAGAAAACUGCUACCAGAGCAUCCUGGAGCUGGAGAAGGAAAGAAUUAAACUUUUAUACAAUAACUUAAACCAGUACACCCAACAUAUUUCUGUUUUUGGCCAAACCCUGACUACAUGCCACACGCAGAUUCACUGUGCCGUCAGCAAGAUAGAUGUUGAAAAAGACAUCCAGGCUCUCAUGGAAGAAACCGCAGUUUCAUCCACAGAAAAUAAAUCUGAGCUCCUGUUAACCGAUUACUUUGAAGAAGAUCUUAACAAUGCAAUGAAUAAAGAGCGACAAGAGUCUUCAAUCAAAUCAAAACUCCUGAGAUUGCAAAAAGAGAUUGACAAAGCCUCAAGAGACCGGGCAGGUUUGGAACAAAUGCUGAAAUCCUACUCGAGCGACUCCACCUUCUCGGAUGCAGAGAGCCAAAGAAUCACAGUGGCCUUAAUGGACGAGACCAAUUUGAAACUAGACCUUUUGCAAGCAAACUCCUACAAACUGUCAUCAGUGUUAGCAGAACUUGAGCAAAGACCUCAACCCAACCAUCCCUGCAGUAACUCCAUCUUCAGGUGGAAAGAAAAGCAACAGAUACAUAGUUAUGUGAAAAUAUCUCGGCCUUUUCGGAUGAAGGUGAGCAGGGCAUCUUCUGCUGGGCAGAGACUCCCGAGUGCUUCAUCUGCAGCCUCCGGUGUGGCCCAGCUCGGCAGUGGUCUUUGCAAGGCUUUAUAUUCUUUUCAAGCCAGACAAGAUGAUGAAUUAAAUUUGGAAAAAGGUGACAUUGUGACUAUAUACAAGAAAGAGGAAGAAGGAUGGUGGUUUGGUUCUUUGAAUGGAAAAAAAGGCCAUUUUCCUGCUGCUUAUGUGGAGGAGCUCCCUUCAAAUGCCGGGAACCCAGCUACACAGGCAUAAAACAAGAUUCUGAACAUACUACCUUACUCUGUAAACUACACAAUGUAGUGCAAAUAAAGAUAAAUGCUGUCAUCUUUACAA